CUCCUCCUCAAUCAUCUUUAAAACCUGCUUGAAAACGCGGAUAGGCACUCAUUUACCUGCUGCUAAUAACCGAGUAAACAUGUUCUGCAGACGGGCAUUGCAGAGGGUCGGGCCGCUGGCACGGAGGGCUUUCGAGCCAACAUCCAGAACCGUUCCAGUGCGACACAUGGCCUUUGGGAUCCCCGGUGGCUCCACCAACAUGGCAUACUUUGUUCUGUGUGGAGGAGGCCUCACUGCUGCAGUCGUUUAUGCCUACAAGACGGUCAAUGGUGAUAGUGAGCGUUAUGAGGACAGACUGGCCAACAUGGGCUCUGCAGCAAAGGCUCCAGAAGAAGCUGCUCCUGCACCAGUAGCCGCAGCAGUACCAGAAGUGACGGCUUCAGCAGCUGAACCCGCCCCAGUGGAGGAGGCACCACCAUCCGCUGAAGUUGUUGCAGAGUCAGAACCCGCCCCUGCAGAACCCGUGGCAGAGACGGCUGCUGAACCUGUCGUUGAGGCCGUGGUGGAAGAAGCACCCGCCGUGGCCGCAGAGGUGGUGGUCGCUGAGGCUGAAGCUGAGCCAGCAGUCGCAGAGGGAGUGGUUGCAGUCUCAGAAGAAGCUGCAGCCCCUGAAGCUGCUCCUGCCGCUGAGGAAGUUGCUGCUACAGAGGAGACGCCAGCAGAGGCCCCUGCAGCUGAGAGCACUGGUACGGCACCAGUAGAUGAAGCCCCUCCUGCUGAGGCAGAGACUGGCACUCCAGCCCUUGAGGCUGAGGCUGCCCCUGCUGCAGAGGUGGCUGCAUAAAGCUGUGAUAGCUAGCUAGUUUUCCUAGAAAAGGAGGGCUGGGGGUUAGCUGUGCUUUGUCCAAUCUCCCUGAGCCCCAGAGAAAGGACUAGUGAACCCCCUUUUUUUUUCUUUUUUUUUGGAUAGUGGGUAAAAAAACACACACUUGCAGAAUAGUCGGGGGUUCAUCAGUCUAGUUUUCUGGGGCCUUCCUGCCCUUACCUCACCCAAACCUUCUGUCCCAAACCACAACAUUUGGCAUUAGGCUGCCUGUGUAGAUUCAGUUCAGAACACUUGAGUUUCUUUAGGGAUUUUACAACCAGAACAAAUCCAAAUCAUGGUUUGGCCGAUGUAGCGUGUUGAACUAGGUGAUUAAAGGGAUAGAACCAUGUUGACAAGUUAUGUUCUUUAAAAUGAAGUGCCCUUAAAACAGGUCAGCACUGCAUUUCCUUCCUGUAAAAAUGUCAGCAGGAGGAAUGAAUGCAGCUAAUUUGAUUGUUGACAAUGUUCAGUCUCAUCUGUUCAAAUCUUUCACUGCUCAGAAUUUGCUCACGUUCAGCUUGUAUCUCAUGAAUCUUUCCAUUUUUAGGUUAAGUUUGUUCUGCAAAAAAAAUGGAGAAAUGAACCUAAUGUCAUUGUGCUUCAUUCAGUUUUAACUGUCUGUGUAAAGUUUGACCAAAAUCCAGUUUGCUUCUGUUUUCCUGGCUGGAGAUCUUGUCUAAUUUCCUUGGCUCUAAAUAACAUCAUAUUUUGCACCUCUCCUCAGAGCUAGUCCAGUUUUAUUUUUUCUUCCUCUCACACCAUCAGAUACUGUUAUUUCAAUGAUUUGUCACUUCUCCACUUAUACAGCAGUCUGUAGCCCAGCCUACUUCAAGGUGUUUUCGUUUGUGUUCAACUCACUUCUCAUUGCUCUUUCCGCUUUACAUGUAAGACUUAAAUCUUUCAGGGAACUCUCUUCCGUUUCUGUUGUCAAUAUAAUAAUACAGUUAAGAUUUCAAAGAAUAAAUAUUACUGGAUCGAUAUUAA